AUGCGGGCUGCAGCAGCAGCAGAGCUGCGCACUCUGCCGACGUCCGUACAGCAGGCGGACUGGAGCGACAAUGGUUGGGAAGUCGCCUCUGGAGAAGUUGUAUUGCCCAUUAUUUCCAGGAUCCUCCCACAGAAACGAAAUGUGUCGGUUGGGGGUCUCAGCGUCAGUGCUGUGGCCCUCGCAGCCCUCCCACAGAAACGAAAUGUGUCGGUUGGGGGUCUCAGCGUCAGUGCUGUGGCCCUCGCAGCCGUUGCUUCUGUUACAGCAGUGUACUUAGUGCUCCGGUGCGCUGUGUAUUUAGCGAACGCCAGCAAGAGCAGAGUGGCACUGAGACUUUUGUCGAGUGCAGAGAAGACUACGGAUAAAGGGGCGGGAGAGCCCUGCAGGGCUUCGGGGAAGAAACGCCCUACUGCAGCGGCUACUGUUUCUGCGAGCGAGGAGGCCGGAGCUCUUGGUGAACAAGAUUUGUUGAAGCGGGCUCAGCGUUAUAUCACUGAGCUAAAGCAAUUUAUAAAGAACAGCGAGCCUUUGGUGCGGGAGUUAAGCCCCGGUCGUAUGGCCAAGUACACAAUAUCGCUUUUGUGUUUGUCUCUGGUGGAGAUCUCAGCCCUGUACUCUAUGUUGGAACGUGACGAAAGGGCCGGAAUCGUCCCCGAAGUAUCUAAGAUUUACAACGAAAUAUGGGCAUACCGCAGGAGCCUUGGCAGAGAGCACACUACCAAAUCCCGGGAACGUCAUUUCAAAUAUCUCCACCUACUCCUCGGCAAGCUCAAAGACGCCAAGCCCGUUGAAACGGCCCUCGCGAAGAAACAGCGAUUGUUGAGACUUAACGAGUUGCUGCAAUUGCAGGAGGUGGCUUUGGGGCAGCUCAAUACCGGGCUCGUUCUGUUGAGGGAGUCUCUUGAAGGCUCUAAUGAUCCAGAGGACAUCGACAAAGCUGCUAAUGUAGCUGGUGAAGGCACUCCUUCAGCUGCAGAAAGAACGGCUGCAGCUGCUGGAGAUCCUGGUGUAGCUGAUGUUGCCGAAGAUGAUAGAAGUGAUGAAAUUGUUAGAGAUAUUCAAACAACCGUGCACGAGCGUAGGCGACAAGUUCUUAGCGACCCGCUAUUGAGUUCUUGGCUGAGGGAGGUGCACACACCAGACUUCCAUUACGGCAUUAUCAGAAGUAAAUGCCUUGAAGAGAUAGCCCAACAGCCUCCGAAAAGCCAUCAGGAACUCCUAGAAGACCUGCGCAAAACACCGCUGGGAUCGGCAGACGGUCACUGGAGCAUUAAUAUCAAGGAGAGCGACGAAGAACAGGGAACAAAGUCCCCUUCUGAAACGGAUGUGCCUUUCACAAGAGACGAUAUAUCUCCUCCUGAGAGCCAAAGCCGCGCUCCUCGCGCCUUACGCACGCUGGAUACCAUUGGCCAAGGAUCACGGAAAGGGGCUGGGCCCAAUGUUAUUUCCGCGUCUCCCAGCACGCCUACUGCUGCUGCUGCUGCUGCUGCAGCUGCUGCUGCUGUUCCUACAGGUCCUGCCCCCAAGGGAAAAUACGCAAAUUUACGGGCUCAAAGGCAGCACAAGAUAGUACAUUCUCGUGCUGCGCCGAAUAUUCGUUGGCAGGUUUCGCAGCCUGGUGGUGCAGGGCGUCCCCGAUUUUCUGCAACGUCGGCUGCUCCCCACCCUGCUGCGCUCCCCUCAGCUCGCCGUCACGUUCCUCACGCCGAAUGGCCCACCAACGUGUCGGCAGUCACUUCUGUCCGGCGAUCUCCCUCCCCUUCUUCGCCUCCUGAAGCCUUACCCAAACCUCCGCGCGAUUCCUUCAAUGCAGCUAUAUCUGCUGCUGCUGCUUACGCCAUUGAAGCCUUCACUCUGCGGACGCCGGGCGCUGCUGCCAAACCGUCGGGUAUUUCUCCUGGUUUUGGUGCAUCGCCGGUUUCAGUACCAGAACAUGGGUCCUGGCCUGCCGCUGCAGCCUCAUAUUUGUCGCCAGCAGCAUCCGCCCCGCAGCAAGCUGGCUUUGACAGCGUCCCACGCGCAUCUGGACCCCGUCAUCGGGCUUAUUCUCCAUCUUCCUUUCACCUGGAUGCGCCUUCAAGUUCUGGCUGUCGCCGUGGUGCUGCUGUUGGAACCCGGCCAUUGCAGAGAAGAUUCGCAAAUGAAGGCGCUCCUCCAGGAACAGGAAAAUUGGUGUCGACGCCUUCGGCUUCGCGGUGGCAUCUUCCUACAUCGCAGCCUUUGUCUCCCUCUCCUUGGCUACCGGCGGAAUAUCGUUUGGCUUCAGGAACUGCCGGCCAAGAAAGUUCUCAAGAAAAUGACACUUGGCCGUUUACGUCCAGAGUAUGGGGACCGCUUGGAACAGCUCCCCCAGUGACCGGUGUGGGUUACUUUCCCACUGAAGGACCAGACGAACCAAGUCACCCAGAAGCUUCUUCAGAACAUGCGCAACUUGCAAAACGCCUGGAGGCGACACCUGACCAACAACUAGGCGAGGCAACGCCCCCUUGGCAUCCACUAGGCAGCACCGAUCCCCGAAACUGA